AUGCGACUACCUCCCAUCACGGUUCUCACUAGCCGUUCAACACAACACCACGGACCAGAGACAAAAGGACACCUUGGAAUGAUUGUUGGUAUCAUACUUACCAGCGUGGUCACGAUUACUUUAACCAUUCGUUUGUAUACCCGUAAGUGGUUAACUCGGGGGUUCGGGCUUGAUGAUGUCUUCAUUAUACUCGCAUAUUUCCCUUGCACCGCAUUAACUUUAAUCGGCAUUAUAACUGAGGAGAAGCUUCAGUUGAAUCAUCACAACAGGAAUAAGGAAUCAGAUUUCUCUAUUGGUGACCUACAAAUAAUUUUCGCCAGCCAAAUCCUCUUCGACUUAGCAACUAGCUUAACCAAACUAUCGAUACUCAUCCUUCUCUAUCGGCUCACAACUGCGGCGAGGGAUCGUGAUGUGACUAUUGCCGUAUUGAUACUAAUAGGGGUUAUUGGCGUCAACUGCUUCGUCUUCAUCCUUGUCAGCUUUCUCCAAUGCAUACCUCUGUCAGCCGUUUGGGAUUAUUCGAUCCAGCCACAAUACUGUAUCGAUCGGACUGCUCAUAUUCUCGCAGCUGGUAUUAUCAAUACUAUCACCGACUGGGUCGUCGUGCUCCUACCUAUCUGGGUGGCCCUUGGGUUAAAAUUGCCUAUCAGGCAAGUCGGUAUAGUUAUCUUCCUAUUCGGGCUCGGUAUUCUCGCAAGUUCUGCAGGGGUAGCGAGGAGCUACUAUACGUGGAUUUUGGUUUUUCAUCCCGAUGAUGCUAAGAGUCGCCGGGAUGCCUGGCUUGCCGGUAUUAUUGAAUUGAAUCUUGGUAUAACAUGUGCUUCUAUUCCGGCUACGAAGCCAUUUUUCGCAACCUAUCUCCCAGGGAUAUUCAAGUCUUUACGACAACGUAGUCCUAUGACAGUCAGGGAUAGAAUAUCGCUGGUACAUUCGUCUUUUACGACCUUUAUUGACCAGCCGUCCUCGCCAUCAUCACCUCUUCUUCUACGGCACAUGACACUAUUACCUCCAAGUCAUCAACACAUCAACCUCAAUAAACCAUUACCUCCUAUUAUACCUCCCCGACAUGUCGAUCUCGAGAUGCAAUCGGAACCCGAAGCAGAGUUGAAUACAUCCCACCACUCACCACAAAUACCCCCUCGUAGCUAUUACAGGGCCGAUAUAUCACCAAGGAACUUGCAACCGAGAGAUUGGAUCUUCAUCAUGUAUCAAGCGAGUAAUGACCUGGGGCUUAUCCAGCAGAUACCAAAUCGUGCCGAAUUGGCUUGA